CACUACUAUAUAACAAAUAAUUUGAGGAUGUAGCGAGGAGUUAAAAUGGGAGAAGUUACGGUGUGGUCCCCAUUGGCUUGCAUCAAGAAUCCCCAGAUUGAACUGAACGUAGCCCUGGUGAUAUUGAAUUCGUCGCUCACUGAGACUCAGGACAAAUUAAAGAGCCUUUGGAAGACUGCUAGAUUUCAUAUUUGUGCUGACGGUGGCGCAAAUAAACUUUACCAAACAUGCGGGGCCGACAAAAGUUUCACACCAGAAUACAUUGCUGGUGAUUUAGACAGUGUUUAUAAAGACGUUUUGCUCCAUUAUGAAAAGAUGGGAUCAAAGAUCGCCAAGUUUAACGACCAGAACUCGACUGAUUUUGAGAAGUGUCUGAAGCUGAUUUCGAAACACGAGAAACUAACAGCCGAACAGUUUGAUGUCAUCUAUGUCCUCGGAUCGCACGGAGGUCGGCUGGAUCAGAGCCUGGCUAUCCUGAACACACUUUACAAACACACCAAGACGAAUGAGACUCCUCUCUUCCUCAUCGCCCAAGACACCCUGACCUUCAUUCUGCCCCCUGGACGACACAAGAUAUACGUUAACACGGGGCUGGAGGGCUCCUUCUGUGGACUCAUACCCUUGGGCGAGUCUUGUCGAUGUAUUUCCACUACUGGACUAGCUUACAACCUCAGUAAACACCACUUGAUGUUUGGAAGUCAGAUAUCAUCCAACAACUCAUUCGACGGAUCGGAUUUCGUGACUGUCGAUACCUCAGACUAUAUCCUAUGGACUAUGAGUACUUUAUAAGUGUUAUAAAGUUAGGACUUCCAUUAUAAUAUACAGUUUUAACGUUAAUUACUAAAAGUGCGGUUCUUUGGACUCUGACAGUUGUCGAAUGUUAAUCGAGGGACAGAUUAAUUGUUUUAACAUUACCGCUUUUUAUUCUUUUUUCGUUUGUUAUUUGAAAUAUUUAUUGAUGUUUACAGUUACGAGCCAUCUUCAUUGUUGAUACGUUUCCGAUUAAUGAAGUUAUUUAUCGUUAAUUAAUGAAAUAUGACGUUAAAAAACGUUAAGGCAAGUCUUUUCGGUUAAGAUUAUUGAUUAUUCGGUAAACGAAAACCUGGUUCAUCAGUUUUUGUUAUUAACUUACAGUUACAGUUUAUUGAAAUACGCUUUCGAAGCAGCAGGGUCGGCGUAAUCAUUUAAUCCAACUGAUUACACGCAUGACUUUAUGAUAUGAUGACAUGAAAAUAUUACAAGCAAAUCUUCCAAGAAGGUGUUUUGUGAUGCACUUUGAAGGGUUCGGUUUAAAUCACAAAACUUUUUCGAUCAAUAUUCAUUACGUACUCAGCCUACCAGUACGAUUAUCAGUUUUAUGUUGCAACAAAUAUUAUCAAUCAAAUAACAAAGAAAACGAUUAAAUUAUUUGUGAGUAUACAUAUUCUGCUUAAUUGGAGUUCUUUUAAUUUAAACGUCUAUUUCUUUUGCCUUGAAUAGCAAUACUGUUGAGUGAAAAUUUGGGUCGUAUUGAAUUUUUCUGUCUUGUUCCACGAUACUUGUACAAAUUAAAA